AUGAGCACGAUGUCAAAGAAGAGGACGAUCGACUCUUUCUUUACGCCACCGGCGAAGCAGCGGAAAGUGGAUGAGCAUGAAGCUCAAGAGGAACCAAGCGCCACAUCCACUCAUUUAACAUAUCCUUUCCCCAUACCCGGGCUCCCACUUCAUAUUGAGAAGGAAUUGUCAUCGCUCCCGGCGACUCAAGGCCGUGCCAUCAACGACCAGUUGGACCUCGACCUAUUGUACUUUCAACCUUACGUCCCAAGCUACCUCGCCAAGGACGCUUUCAACUUUCUCAGGUCGGAGCUGCCAUUUUACAGAGUCAAGUACACCAUCAAGAGAGGAGGCACGGAAACUCUCAUCAACACGCCAAGAUAUACCACUGUCUUCGGCAUAGACAACACCUCACGCUUCUCGGAUGAGGGCACUGUUGUCGAUACGAAGACGGGAACAAAAGUUCUCGGCAGCUCAUAUCCAAACUGCGCGCCCCGUCCAAUUCCCAAGUGCCUCGAUGACCUACGGCGGUCGACCGAAGCUGCUACUGGCUGCAAGUUCAACUUCUGCCUUGUAAACUAUUACUCCUCAGGAUCGGACAGUAUAAGCUAUCAUUCUGACGAUGAGCGCUUCCUUGGCUCAGAUCCAGCCAUUGCUUCAUUCUCUUUUGGCGCGAGGAGGGAUUUCUUGUUGAAGCACAAGCCCAUUGCCCCAAGCGAGCAGAAUACGGGCGGAUCAGACCCGAAACCUCUGAAGCUGCCUCUUGACAGCGGCGACAUGAUUUUGAUGCGAGGUAAGACUCAGUCUUGCUGGCUGCACUCGAUUCCGAAGAGAAGUGGGAAGAAUGAGAAGGACGGAGGUAGAAUCAACAUUACAUUUCGUCAAGCCAUGGUAGAAGGCGGGACCAACAACUACUACCAUUAUAACGUUGGGACGGGGCCAGUUUACAAAUGGGACAAGGGUGCUCAAGAUAUGAAGAUCUGGAGGAUUUGA